AAUAAAUAUCUAGGGUUUCUUCUGAUCUAAGCAAAAUCACAAUUCACAUCUUGAAAAUUUUCUGAUCUUUCUAUUCUCUCUGAAAAAUCAAUCGCCAUGGGAAAUCAAGAAAAGUUAAUGAAUCAAAUCUUCGAAUUGAAGUUCACAUCAAAGAGUUUACAACGUCAAUCGCGAAAAUGUGAAAAAGAAGAGAAAUCAGAAAAACUCAAAGUAAAAAAAGCAAUUGAAAAGGGAAACAUGGAUGGAGCAAGGAUUUAUGCAGAGAAUGCAAUUCGUAAAAGAAGUGAAGCGAUGAAUUACUUACGUUUGUCAUCUCGUCUCGAUGCAGUUGUAUCAAGAUUAGAUACACAAGCAAAGAUGAACGUGAUAACAAAAUCGAUGGGAUCAAUUGUGAAAUCCCUUGAAUCCUCGUUGAAUACAGGGAAUUUGACAAAGAUGUCUGAAACAAUGGAUUCAUUUGAGAAACAAUUUGUGAAUAUGGAAGUCCAAUCGGAGUUUAUGGAGAGUUCUAUGGCUGGUAGUACGAGUUUGUCUACUCCUGAAAGUGAUGUUAAUAGUUUGAUGCAACAGGUGGCGGAUGAUUAUGGUUUGGAAGUUUCUGUUGGAUUACCUCAAGCUGCUGGGCAUGCAAUUCCGUCCGCUUCCACGGAGAAAGUUGGUGAGGAUGAUUUGACUAGACGUCUUGCUGAAUUGAAGUCUAGAGGGUAAGCAUUUCUUGAAAUUUAGGGGUUUCAUGGGUUCAUAUUGUAAUAUAAUAAGAUAAUGAUAAUACUCUUUCAAGAAGCUUGUGGGAUCAAAACACCUUGAAAACAUCGGUUCAUAGACGAUAUGGAUGUGUUAAAAAUAUAUUAUUAUAGUUGAAUUGCUCGUGUUUGAUGUUUUAUGUGUUUAGAUAUUUGUGAUUGGUUUGAAAAUUUAUCUAUUGCUAUGUGGGUUGUGUAUGGGAGAUUUGCCUUGUAUAUUAUGCAGGUUUUGUGUAAGUUAAAGAAUUAUUGGAGCAAUUGAAUUUGGUGCUGUCGGAUAA